ACAUACUCCUGCAUACUCGCCAACGGAUAUACAGCUCCACCUCACCAACUGCACCAAGUAGCACCUAGAGCGCCAUUGCUAGCAGCAGAAGCUAGCUAUCAUCGUUUGAGACCUAACGUACAGUUGCCUCUUGGUUGCAUUACGUCCGUGGUUGUUAGUUAAUUGCACUCGGCAGCUACGGCUAGUGCGGCUGAGAUGCUCGCCGUGUCGGCCGCGAGGUGCGCCGUCGACGAUGCGGUGGCAGACCAGCGCAGCUCCGAGGAGGAAGCCGCCGUCUCCGGCGUGGAGACGGUAGGGGCGUCGACGGACCUGGACAUGGACUUCGACUUCACCGUCGACGACAUAGACUUCGGGGACUUCUUCCUCCGGCUAGAGGACGGCGACGCGCUGCCGGACCUCGAGGUCGACCCAGCCGAGAUCUUCGCGGAGUUCGAGGCGGUGGCCGCGGGCGCCGGCGUCGUGGAGGUGGAGCUGCCGGACCAGCAAGUGCCCUGCGCCGAGCUAUUGGCGGCUGUGGAGGACGUCGGGUCGGCGAGCCCGACCGGUGGCGUCGAGAACGUGGUGUUUGCUGAGGCGGGGGACGAGAAGGGUGAGUGCAAUAACCAGAACGACGAAGAUGGCAACAUGGGCGGCGACCGACCCGUUGUGCCGGACGCGAAAUCGCCGUCGUCGUCGACCACGUCGUCGUCCACGGAGGCCGAGAGCAGGCACAGGUCGUCAGGCAAGAGCUCCCACGGGAAGAAGAAAGCCAAGGUGGAUUGGACACCGGAUCUUCACCGGAGAUUCGUGCAGGCGGUAGAGCAGCUCGGCAUCGACAAGGCCGUGCCCUCUAGGAUACUGGAGAUCAUGGGGAUCAACUCACUCACUCGCCACAACAUAGCAAGCCAUUUGCAGAAGUAUCGGUCUCACCGGAAGCACAUGGUUGCACGGGAGGCGGAGGCGGCGAGUUGGACCCAACGGAGGCAGAUGUACGCCGCCGGAGGACCCCCUGCGGCCGUGAAGAGGCCGGACCCGAACAUGUGGACCGUGCCAUCCGUCGGCUACUCGCCGUCACCGGCUCCUCCUCCGCCGCCGCCGCAUGCUAUGCAGCACUUUGUCCGGCCGUUGCACGUUUGGGGUCACCCCUCGAUGGACUCGCCUCGGAUGCCGAUGUGGCCGCGGCAUCCCAUAGCGCCCCGUCCCCCGAUGCCGUCGUGGGCUCCCCCGCCGCCGCCGUCUGACCCGGCUUUCUGGCACCACCCUUACAUGAGGCCGGCGUACAUGCCGACUCACGGGACACCUUGCAUGGCAAUGCCGAUGGCACCCGCUCCGAAAUUCCCUGCUCCGGCUGUAGUUCCCGUUGCUAUGCCGUGUCCUCCUCCGGUCUAUACGCCCCCCUCCCGCCCAGCACAGGCGAGCAAGAGCCAACAAGAUUCGCAGCUUCAACUACAAGCGCAGCCAUCAAAUGAGAGCAUAGACGCGGCCAUUGGUGAUGUUUUAUCCAAACCGUGGCUGCCGCUGCCCCUUGGACUGAAGCCCCCUUCACUGGGCAGCGUCAUGGGCGAGCUGGAAAGGCAAGGCGUAGCUAAUGUCCCGCAAGCUUGCGGGUGAUCGCCGGCCUGCCUGCAGGAUGCUGCUAGCUCCUCCGUUCGCCGCAACAACAAAAAAUUCGCCGACUUGUCUUUGUUUUUUUGGGACGCUUCGUGGACCUCUCUCUUAGUUAACUUGUGCAUAUUUUCAUGAGAAAUUAAACAACGAGUAUUUCACUCCGGAGAAUAAUUUUUGUCACACCUUA